AUGACGUUUCUCAAACUUGAAGAUAAUAUUUUAUCCGGAGAAUUACCAGAUUGUUGGAUGAAUUGGCAAGAAUUGGAAAUCUUGAAUUUAGAUAACAAUAAAUUUACUGGUAACCUUCCAUCUUCUAUUGGAUCAUUAAGUUCGCUUCGGUCAUUGCACCUUCGGAAAAACAACCUCUUUGGGACACUUCCAACGUCACUUAAAAAUUGUACCAGUUUAGUGGCAUUAGAUGUUGUUAAAAACUGGUUUGUUGGAAAUAUACCCAAAUGGAUAGGACAAGGACUUUCAAACAUGGAAAUUCUUAGCCUUCGUUCAAAUAAGUUUGAUGGUCAUUUACCAACAGAACUUUGCUAUCUGACUUCUCUACAUGUCUUGGACCUUGCUUUCAAAAAUCUCUCUAGAACGAUUCCGAGUUGUAUUACGAACCUCAGUGCCAUGGUGUCAAUUGACUAUGAUGAAGCGCACCAUAUUUUCUACGAGUUUGGUCCUUCUUUACAGCAGGGAGUGAUUCCGAAUGAAGUAACAAAUCUUAAAGCAUUACAAUCAUUGAAUUUGUCGUACAAUUCAUUAAGUGGAAGAAUUCCUGAAACUAUCAGUGUUAUGACCUCAUUAGAAUCUCUUGAUUUCUCUGCAAACCAACUCAUAGAUUUUCUUACCAAGGCUGUGAGCUUAGCAAAGUUUACAUGGUGUGUUGAUGAGAUAGGCCUUUGUUGUGUGAAGUUUUCGCCAAGUGGGAGAAUGUUGGAGUUGUCGACUACUUUAGCAUUACUGGCAAGGUAUUUUGAGAACAUGAAAUCUGUGAUGGAUAUUAGUGGUGAGGCUAAAAGGAAUUUGCAGUAUAUGGGUGAAUCAUAUUAUGAAGAUUCAGUGACAUUGCUAGUAAAAAAGAACGAGGUUAAACUGGUGAAAUUUCUCGCUAUUUUCAGUACCAUUGAUUUUUCAAACAAUAGCUUUGGAAUUCCUGAUUUAGUUGGAAAGAUUCGAUCACUUUGA